GUUGGUGGACAAUCAACUCCCACAAUCUUCUUCAAACCCAUCUCAUCUCGCCUGGCCUUCGUCCGAUGCUACACGUCUCGCAGUCCACUUCGCGGCCAAGAGAGAGAGCUUCAACUUGCGCCUUCGUGCAUCACUCUGCCGCUCCUUGCGUCAUUUUUGUUUUACUCUUGUCCAGCCAAAGGCAACCAACUCUCGACAGAACUCUACAAACCGAACCAAACCAAAACCAAACCCAAAACAAGCAAAAAGAUGGCUCGCAAGAAGAACAAGGGCGGCAAACGCCGCGGUGACGACAGUGACGAGGAGGAUGCUCCAGCUCCUGCCCCAGCAGCCGAAGAAGGCGGCAAAAAGUUGUCUCGCAAGCAACAACGUUUGCAAAAACAACAGCAAAAACAAAAACAAGCCGACAGCGACGACGAUGACGAGGAUUUGGCGGCGUUGUUGGGUGGUGGAGCCGCCAAGAAUCAAUAUGGAAGCGACAGUGACAGUGAUGACAUGCCUUUGCCUCCUGCCAAGGGCAAAAAGAACAACAACAAUCCAAAGAAAAAGGGAGGUCGCAUGGCAGCGUUGGCACCCGAUUCGGACAGUGAAGACGACGACGAGGAAGAGGAAGAAGAACCCGACGUUCCUCAACCCGUCUCCAAGAAAAACAGCAACAAAAAGAAAGGAGGUCGCAUGGCAGCCAUGGCGGCAAUGGCAGCGUCGGAUUCGGAAGAAGAGGAAGAAGAGUUAGACGAAGAUUUAGACGACGACGACGAAGAUGAAGAAGUCGAGCAAAUUGCCAUGGUCAUUAUGGACGAUGAACCCAAAAAGAAGAAGAAAAAGAAGAAGGAUGGAGAAGGAAAGGAGAAAAAGAAGAAAAAAGACAAGGAAGGAAAGAAAGAUAAAAAGGAAAAAAAGAAAAAGAAAAAAGAUGCUGAAGGCGACCCAGAAAAUGGCGAAGCAGCCCCCCAACAAAAAUCCAAAUUGGAACUCCAAAUCGAAGCGGCACUCCAAAAGAAGGAAGAGGAAGAAGGGGCGACGCCUGCUCCAGCGCCGCCAGUGGAUGCGGGCAAGAAAAAGAGAGGACAAGCAUUGGCACCACCACCCGCACCGCCCACGGAAGUGGAACCUGAUUUGGAGGAUGAAGAUGGUGGAGAAGAACAUGUCGUAUAUGGAGCUCCCGAUGAUCAUGCGUGGACCGACAAGAGUCAUGCACAAAGGGAUGCCGAAAACAAAACCAAUGAAAUUGAUGAUCUCCUCGCAGGAAAAGACGGCAAAAAACUCAGCAACAAGGAACGCAAAAAGUUGCUCAAACAAAAAGCUGCCGCCGAACGACAAGCCGAAUACGAAAAGACGGCCGCCGCGGCAUCGAGAGAAGGAGCACAGUUUGCCUGUUCGCAAACCGCCGUCAAUGAAAAUGAUCCACAAUGGCAAAACAGUUUGGAUAUUAAUAUUCCAAACUUUAGUAUCAGUGCGGCUGGAAAGAUUCUAUUCAAGGACGCUGCCUUGACCAUUGCUCAUGGUCGUCGAUAUGGAUUGGUUGGUCCCAAUGGACGUGGAAAAUCAACACUGUUGAAAAUGAUUGCGUCUCGCGAUUUGAUGUUACCACCCCGCAUUGACUUUUUGUACGUCGAACAGGAAGUUGUGGCCGAUGACACACCUGCGGUAGAAGCCGUACUCAAAGCCGACAAGGUACGCUGGAAUCUACUCGAGGAAGAAAAGACACUCAUGGAAGCCAUUGAUGCAGGUGACGAAUCGGAAGAAAAAAUUGAACGACUUCAGGUCGUCAUUGAUGAAUUGACCAACAUGGGAUCCGAUUCGGCAGAAGCCAAGGCUCGUCGAAUUCUGUUUGGACUGGGAUUCAGCAUGGAAAUGCAAACCAAACCAACCAAAAUGUUCUCGGGAGGUUGGCGGAUGCGAAUCUCCUUGGCGCGAGCUCUCUUUGUCGAACCGACGUUGCUCAUGCUGGACGAACCUACGAAUCACUUGGAUCUGAAUGCUGUCAUUUGGUUGGAUGAUUACCUUCAGCGGUGGAAGAAAACUCUCUUUGUCAUUUCUCACGACCAGGAUUUCUUGAACAGUGUCGUACAGGAAAUCCUGCAUAUUGAAGAUCUCAAACUCAUCUCGUACAAGGGCGAUUACGAUAGCUUCAAGGACGCAGAAGAGAUUCGAAACGAGCAGCUUGUCAAGGCAUGGGAGAAACAAGAAAAGAGACUACGCGAGCUCAAAAAGUCGGGUCAAAGCAAAGCCAAGGCCACGGAAAAUGUCAAGAAGAACCAGAAGCGAGAAUCUGGUGCCAGAAGUCAAAAGAAGAAGAACCAGGCCAUUGCGGCGGGAUCAGAGACGGCAGAGAUUCAAGAGUUGAUCAAACGCCCGCGAGAAUACAAAGUCCAGUUGGAAUUCGCCCCAGUCAACGAGCUAUCCCGUCCCGUCAUGGAAGUCAACAAAGUACACUUUCGAUACUCGCCAAAAAACCCUAUCAUUUUCGAUGAAAUCGAUUUUGGUAUUGAUAUGGACAGUCGGCUAUGUGUUGUCGGACCGAACGGUGCUGGAAAGUCAACACUACUCAAGCUCUUGACAGGUGAAGUGACCGCCACUCGUGGCGAAGUCAAACGAAAUCCCCGUCUGAGGAUGGGUAUCUACAACCAGCACUUCGUGGACCGUCUUCCAAUGGACGUAACGCCCAUCGAACACUUGCGCAACCGCUACGAGGAUGAAACCUACCAGUCAGUGCGCAACCGGCUCGGAAAGUAUGGUCUCGAGGGCCAUGCACACGAAGUGACCAUGCGCGACUUGAGUGGUGGUCAAAAAGCCCGUGUCGUCUUUGUGGACUUGAGCCUACAGGAACCUCACAUUCUGUUGCUAGAUGAACCAACCAACAAUCUAGAUGUCGAGACCAUUGAUGCGUUGAUUGACGCUAUCAGAGAAUUCAAUGGUGGUAUUGUUGUGGUGACUCACGACCAGCGUUUAAUCGACCUUUGCGAGUGUGAUCUCUGGGUUGUCGAAAAGCAAGGCGUCACCAAAUGGGAGGCUGGUUUUGAUGAUUACAAGGCUAAUAUCCUUCGUCAGCUGGAGGAGGAAGCAGCAAAGGAAGCAGCCAUUCGCCAACAGAAGAUCGAGGCGGCGGCCAAAGCCAAGGCCGAGAAAGUUGCUCGUCUUGCUGGGAAAGUCAAGAAAGGAAAGAAGUAGUCAAGUAGACGAAAGACAAUCUACCCGUAGGAAGGCUUGCUAUUACUAGUAGUACUAAUUUAGGUGCACUACGUGUAGCUCGCCGGCAAGUUUGCAAUUUAGAGUGGGAAGAUAUCUACAGAAGCCAGUGAGGGCCAUGCCUUUAGAAGCAAAGAAGAGUCGAAAUUCAGGACUAGUAGGUCCGAUUGAUGGACUUGAUGACGGGGAUACGUGUACGGAUGGCAGCUUUGAUGGACUAGAGCUUGGGUCCGUGGAUGGAAAUGUAGAGGGAUUAUUGGAGGGCAACCCUGAUGGGCUUGACGAUGGGGAUACUGAUGGCAGCUUUGAUGGACUGGAGCUUGGGUCCGUGGAUGGAAAUGUAGAGAGAACCCUGAUGGGCUUGAC